AGUGGUCGAGGCCGUGCAUCGACUGGAUCUCAUCCUCGGCAACAAGGCAGCAUAUCAGGACGUGUUCAAGCCAGAGAACAUCAGCUUGAGGAACAAGCUGCGGGAGCUGUGUGUGAAGCUGAUGUUCCUGCAUCCAGUGGAUUAUGGAAGAAAAGCAGAAGAACUGCUCUGGAGGAAAGUUUACUAUGAAGUCAUCCAGCUCAUUAAAACGAAUAAAAAGCACAUCCACAGCCGCAGCACUCUGGAGUGCGCCUACCGGACCCACCUGGUGGCUGGCAUAGGGUUUUACCAGCACCUCCUGCUCUACAUCCAGUCCCACUACCAGCUGGAGCUGCAGUGCUGCAUCGACUGGACACACGUGACGGACCCUCUCAUAGGCUGCAAGAAGCCCGUGUCUGCGUCGGAGAAGGAGAUGGAGUGGGCGCAGAUGGCGUGUCACCGGUGUCUGGUUUACCUGGGAGAUCUGGCUCGCUACCAGAAUGAGCUGGCAGGUGUGGACACGGAGCUGCUGGCAGAGCGGUUUUACUAUCAAGCCCUUUCUGUUGCACCACAAAUCGGAAUGCCCUUCAACCAGUUGGGGACAUUGGCAGGCAGCAAAUACUACAAUGUGGAAGCAACCUACUGCUACCUACGCUGCAUCCAGUCUGAAGUGUCCUUCGAAGGUGCCUAUGGGAACCUGAAGAGGCUGUAUGACAAAGCAGCCAAGAUGUAUCACCAGCUGAAGAAAUGUGAAACCAGGAAGUUGUCUCCAAGCAAGAAACGAGGCAAAGACAUUAAGAGGUUGCUGGUGAGCUUCAUGUACCUGCAGAGUCUUUUGCAGCCAAAGAGCAGCUCUCUGGAUUCUGAGCUGACGUCUCUCUGCCAGUCUGUGCUGGAGGAUUUCAACCUGUGCUUGUUCUACCUGCCCUCUCCUCCUAACCUGGGCUCAAGCAGUGAAGAUGAAGAAGAGUAUGAGAGCGGCUACUCCUUCCUUCCUGACCUCCUGAUCUUCCGCAUGGUCAUCAUCUGCCUUAUGAGCGUUCACAGCCUCAAGAGGGCAGGUUCCAAGCAGUACAGCGCAGCCAUUGCCUUCACGCUGGCCCUCUUCUCCCACCUGAUAAAUCACGUCAAUAUUCGCCUCCAGGCAGAGCUAGAAGAAGGGGAAAAUCCCGUCCCAGCCUUUCAGAGUGAUGGCACAGAUGAUCAGGAGUCACGGGAGCCUGUGAACUCCAUUGAGAAGGAAGCUGAAGCUGAGCUGGCCAAUCAUCAGCCCAGCGAGGAACAGCGGAAGAACGACUGCAAGAAAAGCAAGAAAUACUCGCGGCUCUCCUGUCUGCGCCGCCGCCGCCACCCCCAGAAGGUGGAUGAGAGCGACCUGAGCGAGGGCUUUGACUCUGACUCCAGCCAGGGCUCCAUCAAGGGCAGCGAUGGCUCAGAGAGUGGCUCAGAGAAGAGUGACGAGGAAGCAGAAGCUGCUUUUGAUGUGGAGACAGACUCUGACAUGAACAGCCAAGAGUCUCGGUCCGACUUGGAGGACAUGGAGGAUGAGCCGGGUGAGGAGGGAAGCGGCCGAGGCAAAAGCGGGCCCAAAGAGGCCUUAAAAAACUGUGUGGAUGGCAGUGGGCUGGGGGACUCCAAGAGCCCAAGCAUCUCUAAAAUUGAGGCAGCAGAUCCAGCAGUCAAUGGGCCGGCUUCCCUGAGCACGAACGACGCAAGCAUAGCCAGUAACCUGCAGGCCAUGUCCACUCAGCUGUUCCAGACCAAACGCUGCUUCCGCUUGGCCCCCACGUUCAGCAACAUCCUCCUGAAACCCAACAGCGAGCCACCUGCCUUGAAGGACGGGAUAGAGAGCAAACCUUGUGUCAAUGGAGACCUGGAGAAGCCCAGCUUGGCAGAGCAAGAUGAUGUGUCUGACUCUGAGGAAAGCAUUUCAAGUAACAAAUCCUGCAGGAACGAGCGAUCCCUUCAGGAGAAGCUGGAGAUCGUGACCAACGAGGGGCUGCUGCUCACGGUCAAGGUGUUCCUGGACUGGCUGAGGACAAACACAGACCUCAUCAUCAUGUGUGCUCAGAGCUCCCAGAGCCUGUGGAACAGGCUGUCUGUGCUCCUGAACCUUCUGCCUUCUGCUGCAGACCUGCAGGAAUCAGGGCUGGCCCUCUGUGAUGAAGUCAAGGACAUCCUGAGUGAGGCUGAGCUCCCAGACCUGAAGGCCAACCUGCUGCUCCCGGAAGACGUGGCCCUGCGCAAUCUGCCCCCUCUGAAAAACGCACACAGGAGGUUUAACUUUGAGCAGGACCGGCCCAUUUUCUCAACAGUUGAGGAGUCUGUCGUGCGGAUCUGCUGCAUCCGGAGCUUCGGUCACUUCAUUACCCACCUCCAGGGCAGCAUCCUGCAGUUCAACUCAGAGCUGGGGAUCUUCAUCAGCAUAGCACAGUCGGACCAAGACAACUUGGUGCACCAGGCCCAGGCCCAAUUUCACAUGGCUGCAGAGGAAGCUCGUCGGAACAGGCUCAUGAGGGACAUGGCUCAGCUUCGACUGCAGCUGGAGGUGUCUCAGCUGGAGGGGAGUCUCCAGCAGCCCAAGGCACAGUCAGCCAUGUCUCCUUACCUUGUCCCGGACACCCAGGCCCUCUGCCAGCACCUGGCCCUGGUCAAGCAGCUGGCCACGAGCGGGAGGUUCAUCAUCAUCAUCCCUCGCACAGUUAUUGAUGGCUUAGACUUCCUGAAAAAGGAGAACGCCGGUGCUCGGGACAGCAUCCGGUACCUGGAGGCAGAGUUUAAAAAGGGAAACAGGUACAUUCGUUGCCAGAAGGAUGUUGGGAAGAGCUUUGAGAGGCAUAAACUGAAGAGACAAGAUUUAGAUGCCUGGAAUCUCUAUAAAAUACUGGACAGCUGCAAACAACUGACAGUGUCCCAAGGGAGCGGAGAGGACGACACCACGGGAAUGGUCACCAUCAUCACAGGCUUCCAGCUGGAGGACCCAAGCACAUUUUCGGUGCCCAUGCAGUCUGCCAUCCAGGCAGCCGCCAACGCCAGCGUAGAAAUAAAAAACGUCCUGGAGUUCUACAAGCAGUGGAAAGAGAUGGGCUGAUGGUCAGAAAGGCAUCAGGUUGGUGAACCUUUCUCUCCCCCUCUCGGAACGUGCAGCGUCUGAACGAAGGAAGCAACAAUCUGGGCGACACUUAGACACGAAGAAGCAGCAGCAGCAGCAGCAGUAACAAAAAUACCUACCCAAACGAAUUAAAAAACAAACAAAAAACAAAUCCAAUGUGGGCACGCACACAGACACCCUCCACCUGCAUCCCGAGCAGACGGCUGCACAGCUCCGAGGCGCCAACCGCUCUGAGAGAGGCCCCUCGGCACCGCCGGGGCAGAGCUCUGCCCUUCUCCCAGUCGGCAGAGGUGGGCGAGAGACGGGCAGUCCUUCAUCCCCCUCCUUCCUCCCAAAGCUUGCUUGGCCAGCGGGCACGGCCGGCGGUUCAGAGCGUGGACUUGAGCUGAGCGAAACCAAACCCGCGUGGCAGGAACGGGAGCCCCUCCGGCUUGGGAAAGAAGAUCCAAAGAGUGGUUUUGCUCUUGUUUGGCAAUCUGGGGACAGGAAAGUGGAUAGGAAGAGCAAAC